ACAUGACAUUAGAUGAGAUGAGAGAACACAUCACUCAUCUCCUUUAGAUUCUCUCUUCUCCCUCCUCCUCUGUCCUCUCUCACACAAGAUCUUCACAACUACUACACUACAUCAACCAAGAUCCGAUCCCUUCAAGAUUCUCUCUCUAAUUACUCCUUCCCUCUCUCUCUCUCUCUCUCUUAUUUAUGUAACUCCUCUCCUUUCCCCAUCUUCACAUUGAUUUCUGCGUCCCUUUGACGUUCUAUCUUUAGAUAUAACGCUUCCUCUGUUUUGCUUGUUUUCAAGAAAAGAGAGACAAACAAUGGCUCUUGGGGGAUUCUCUUCGGAGUUACAUGUUCUUGCUGUUGAUGAUAGUUUCGUUGAUCGUAAGGUUAUUGAGAGGUUGCUUAAGAUCUCUGCUUGUAAAGUGACGACUGUUGAGAGUGGGGCUAGGGCUCUUCAGUAUCUUGGUUUAGAUGGACCCAAUGGAUCAUCUUCUGCUCUUACGAUUUUGGAUAAACAGGAUCUGAAGGUGAACUUGAUAGUGACGGAUUACUCUAUGCCAGGACUAACGGGAUAUGAACUCCUCAAGAAGAUCAAAGAGUCUUCAGCAUUCAGAGAAAUACCAGUUGUGAUAAUGUCGUCUGAAAACAUACAGCCUCGUAUAGAACAAUGUAUGAUAGAAGGAGCAGAGGAUUUUUUGCUAAAACCUGUGAAAUUAGCAGACGUGAAGCGGCUGAAAGAACUUAUAAUGAGAGUUGGUGAAGCUAAGGAAGGAUUAACCAAAAGCUCUAGUCCUAAGAGAAUCCUACAAAACGACAUUGAUUCAUCUCCAUCAUCGUCAUCUUCAUCAUCGUCGUCUCAGGAUGUUUCCUCUCUAGAUGACGACACUCCAUCUUCCAAGAGGAUGAAAUUAGAGCCUAAAAGUUCAUGAUUGAGCUCAACCUUUUUCUCAUUUUUCUCUUUUCUUUUCUUAUUACCCCUGUAAUAUACAUUGAGCCAAGACGUAGGCUAAAUUCUUGUCCCUUUUUGAUAUUUGCAAGUCUAGAUCCUGAUGCUCAUCU